CAUGAUGUACCUGGAUUUCUUCUUGGCGAAGUCAAAAUUUAGGAAAAUACGACAGGAGUGUCACCGGUUACUAGCAGUUUUACUUAUUUGUUUCGUAGUUAUAGACACAGUGUGUGCGAUUAACUGUUCAAAAGACUCUGACUGUUUACAUGGGACAUGUAUAAGCGGUCUGUGUGAUUGUGAUGAUGGUUGGACCGGGGACAGAUGUGAUCACUGCGGCGGUCGUGUAAGGUUAGAUUCGCCAACUGGUUACAUAACGGAUGGUCCGGGGAAUUACAAACAUGUGCAUACUUGUACAUGGUUAAUAGAUAGUGGAGAGCUAGAUUCAAUUAUUAGAUUGAGAUUUGAUCAUUUUGAAACUGAAUGUUGUUGGGAUUAUUUUUACGUAUAUGACGGUAAUAGCAUAUAUGAUCCAUUAGUGGCAGCUGUCAGUGGUUUGUUAGUACCAGAGACUGCUAGCUCCAAUACAAGUAUACCAGAGGUGACAACGUCAUCUGGUUAUGCAUAUCUACAUUUUUAUAGCGAUGCAGCAUAUAUUAUGACAGGUUUUAAUAUUUCAUACAGUGUAAAUAGUUGUCCAAAAGAUUGUUCUAAUAAUGGUAAUUGUACAGAAGGUCCUAAAUGUGAUUGUGAGAGUGGCUGGUCUGGUGAUGCAUGUGAUAUAGUAAUAUGUCCAAAUGAUUGUGGAGAUCAUGGACAUUGUGAACCAGCAACACUCACAUGUCAAUGUACAGAUGACUAUCAAGGAUAUGAUUGUCUGACUCCACCCACAGAUGGACACUGGGAGUUAAUUUACGAUAAUUUAAAUCCAGGAAGAGCUUCCCAUGCAUCAGUACUACAAGGGGAUGUAAUAUGGAUAGUUGGCGGAUAUCCUUUUUCUAAUAACCUCAACUACCUUGAUAUUUUAAGGUAUAAUAUUACUUUGGGACAUGCAGAAGCUGUACUCCCCCUAUCGGAGACAAAACCUACACAAAGAUAUGGACACUCACUAGUACUCAAUAAAGAUAGUCUACUCAUGUAUGGUGGUACAGAGACAGCAGAGGGGGUAGAUAAAAUUGUAGCUCAACUGUGGUCUUUUAAUAUUACUACUGAGACAUGGCACCAUAUAGAGACAGGUGGUCAUAGGUAUGCAGUGGAUGGUCAUACAGCACACAUGGUGAAUGGUGUUAUGAUAAUUAUAUUCGGUUACAGUCCUGAAUUAGGAUACACUAAUAUUGUACAGGAGUUUGAUUCACGUACUGGCAAAUGGACGCUGCCAUCAACGACAGGUGUCAAUGUUAAUGGUGCAUAUGGUCAUAGUAGUUCAUAUGAUAGUCAUAAUGAUCUCAUCUAUGUCUAUGGUGGUAACAAAGCUGCAACUAAGAAUUCAUAUUAUCUAUCUGAUGAUCUGUAUUCUUAUAAACCUUCAACAAGACAUUGGAGUGUUUUGCCAUCAAGUGGUCACUUUCAGUAUUUACAUUCAUCUGUCUCAAUGGGUGGUAUGUUUUAUGUAUUUGGGGGAAAUCCUCACAAUGAUACAGCUGCUAGUACUGGUGCAAAGUGUUAUUCCUCAAAUCUGAUAGCCUUUGAUUUACGUGAUUGCACUGCAUUUGGUGAUGAAGAAUCAUGCAUACUUGGUAGUCCAGGUAUUACAUGUGCUUGGAAUGCCCGGAUCAACAAGAUAAUCCAGAUUGUAUGGAUAUCAAGAAAUGUAAUGAAUGUGUUUUGGAAUACGGCUGCGGUUGGUGUGACGGUGAAUGUUCUGCUAAUUGCCCUACUGAUCCUGUUUACUGACAAUGACCAGUGUGAAGGAAAUGAUUACCCAUGUGAGAAACACUACAGCUGUCAGCAGUGUCAACUACAACCAGAAUGCUAUUGGUCAACCACUUUGUGUAGAAUCAGAAAUGAAGAUGAUCAGAACAUUACAUGUAAAUCGCCGUGUUCAGAGCAAUACGACUGUCAGGCCUGUGCUAGUAAUGGUUGUAUGUGGUGUGCUAAUUCCCAGCGAUGUGUAGAUUCCAAUGCAUAUGUCACAUCAUUCCCAUAUGGAUUGUGUAUGUCCUGGCACAAUAAUAAAGACACGUGUCCAGAAGUCGGCUGUUCUCAGUAUCGUACAUGUGAGGAUUGCCACGAGAAUCCCGGAUGUGGUUGGUGUGAUGAUGGCAGUAAUACAGGUCUAGGUGUAUGUAUGGAAGGCAAAGAAAAUGAACCUGUCCUUGAUAACACAUGCCCAGCAAGACAAUGGUUCUUCAUAGGAUGCCCAGGUGAGCAAUGUGAAGAGUGUACUAUUGGUUACUAUGGCGACCCCACAAAUGGCGGGAAUUGUUCACAAUGCUUCUGUAAUGGGCAUGCCACAGAAUGUGAUAACAAGUCUGGUAAUUGUCACUGUACAACCAAAGGUAUAACAGGAAAGGAAUGUGAUCGGUGUGAUUCAGAUAACAAGUAUUAUGGAGACCCAACAAAUAACGGCACAUGUUAUUAUGAGUUACUCUUGAAUUAUCAGUUCACAUUCAACCUCUCCAAACCUGAUGACAAACAUAUCACUGCAAUUAAUUUUAAAUGCACAGCUGAUACCGGUAACCGAGAUAUCGAGUUUAAUCUGAAUGCGGCCAAACCAUGUAUUCUCAUGCUCACAUACAGAUCAAUAAAGUUCAUGUAUACCCACAACACACCUGCAUCAAACUUGCCAAUUAAACCUUUGACCUCGGCCACUGCCAUAUCGAUAGAACCGUGUCAUGGUGGCAGAGCAGCCGUCUUAUCUUUACUCAUGAGGCUGCCAGCUUCAGAAGGAGGUUAUGCACCAGCUGGUUAUAAUGGUCUUAUAGUAGGCAGUGCAAUAGUGCAAGUAAACCCAAAGAAAGGCUCAGAAGGAAAAGAUAAAAAUACAAGUAGACAACGGAAAGGUCAUCCUCACAGACCUGUACCCAAUGGUACAAAUUGUGUGUAGCAUACUUAAUAAGUCCUUGCAUCACUGAAAUGAUAUAAAUAUUACUAUCAUAACUCUCUGCUUUGAUUCUCAGGUUCUCACACCCUUGGGUUCAUAUGCCACUUGGUUUCAACCUGGAUGUCUUUCAAUAACUGUUCUUUAGAAUUAACACUACCAGUAUUAGUUAACACUUACCAAUACGCAAAUAAAGCACCUUGCAUAUGGUAGAUAUUCCCAGUCUGAAACUUGAUAGAAAUUAUUCAGGGAUAGAUUAGAAGAAGUUAUUGGAAUAUAUGUUUGUAAAUAUCACACAAUUUUUGUAGCUGUGGAAACUUCACUGUUCACAAUGACUUGUCAUGAACACCCCUUUCCUCAAUUGUCACAUUUCCAGCAAGAAUAAUUUGCAGCAGCCAUUUGAAGCCAUCCAUUCUCGCCCCCGCCCAGAUUCUCUGAUAAACAUUUGCGAAUUCAACUCUAAACACAGCGUAGUGAAUUUUCAGUGAUGUCAGGACGCAAUUUUUUUUGCUUGUAAUAUAUACAGAGUUUUUAUAUAAAAACAUAAAGUGAAUUGUACUUAAAUAUUUAUGGUGAAUCUGAUUUUUAAAAUUAAACAGAAACAAGUGCA